AUGACUACUAUUCGUGCUGCGUUACCACAGCUUUCCUCCGCCGUGCGACGCAAUGCUGCACGCCAAUUCCACUCUUCCCCCUUCCGUGCCGCCGUUCCACACCCGAUCACGGCACAUGGUCCCCCGCCUAAAGCUCCGGCGCCAUCAGCGGAAUAUAAGAGUAAAGCCCGCCAAUCGGAAAAUGUGCCAUCUGCAGGAGAGGAAUUACCAUCACGAUUAACCAAGCCUUCCCCGCUGAAGUCACGAUUCUGGAAAGAUGUCCACGUGCACGGCAAAGCUGGAGAAUACCAAGUACUGCUCGAUAAGCGCCCCGUGAGGACCCCGAACAAGGACAUUCUCUCAAUACCUCCCACCAAGCCUCAACUGGCGCACGCGAUCGCCCUCGAGUGGGAUGUGAUGACAUCUGCCCAACAAGCUCUCAAGAGCCAUUUGAUCCCCUUGACCUCCCUAGCAGCCCGCGCUGAAGAUAUCGUUCGCGAAGAUGCCCGGGGCGAAAGCACCACCCGAGACCAGAUCGUCAACACCGCCAUGCGAUACCUGGAAACGGAUACUCUGCUCUGUUGGGAGCCGGAGCGACAAGCUGGAUUGUUUGGACGAAUGGAGGCGAAUGGGGAAAAUACUGAGACUCUGCGCGAGAUUCAAAUCCGCGUUUCCAAGGAUAUCAUGAGCUUCUUGUCCACCAAGGUCUGGCCUGGGUUGGAGAUCAAGCCCAUCCUCGAUACAGACAGUAUCCUCCCAGUGUCGCAGCCACCCACCACUAAGGAUACUAUCCAAGGUUGGGUGUCGCAGCUGGCUCCCCAUGAUCUGGCUGGCUUGGAGCGAGGCAUUCUGGCUUCGAAGAGUCUGCUGGUGGCUGUGCGUCUGCUGGUGGAAUGGAGUGAAAACUUCCGCCACAUCCAGCGGUCUCAAGAGAAGAAGUUCGGUCUGGAUGAGGCGGCCGAGGCCUCGAGCUUGGAGGUCAAGUGGCAGACGGACAUGUGGGGCGAAGUUGAGGAUACUCACGAUGUGGCCAAGGAGGACAUGAAGCGACAACUGGGUAGUGUCGUCAUUUUGCGCUCUCGCAGCUCCAUAGCGCUUUCUCUUCUACACCGCGAUAAAUCCCGCGGCGAGGACAAGAACCAAGACGACACUGACACAAACCCAACCGGGACAGUUUCGACGAAUGGCUCCUCCCCAUUGACCCACGCCCGCAGUCUUAGCCGUCACAGCCGCCGUAAACCUGCUUUCGACCCGAGCCCAUCCCCCGCAAAUCCAGCCAUCCUCGAAGAUACCCCUCUCGACCAGAGCUCCCAGGACAUCGACGGAAUGGACAGCGUAACCUCCGCGCCCCAGGCGGAGAGCGCUAGCAUGUCUCUAGACCAGUCGGUGCGGACAUUCCGUCUGUUUGAGGUUCUGCGUGGUGGCGAUACCAAUGCGAUCGCCAAAGCCAUCGAAGAGGCCAAGGAUCCCCAGGUAGCCAAUAACCUGUAUGGAACGACCAUUCUUCAUCUGGCUCUGCAGUGCGCCGAGCCCCAGGUGGUGGAGUUUGUGUUAUCUACAGGCACUGGGCUAGAUAUCAACGCGCGCGAUCGCGAAGGCAACACCCCGCUUCACCUGGCAGCCCAGCUGGGACGGGUCUCGUUAGUACGUGACUUGUUGAACAGACCCGAGGUUAACGACGCCAUUGUCAACUAUCGGGGCCAAACUCCCCUCGACGCCGCACGAACCCCGGAGAUCUUCCAGCAGCUGCAACUCGCUCGGUCCCUCUUUAUCGAUAGCAAGACCCAGGAAAUCCAAGCCCUGAUCAGCAAGAGGGAAUAUGAAAAUCUCGAGAAGCUACUGGAGGAACCCCGCGCUGAGGGCCUUUUGGAUGUAAAUAGCCUGGAAAUGGUGACCGAUCGAGCCACUGUGCAAUCGGGCGGCACGUUGUUGCAUGAGGGUGCUCGCAAUAAAGAUGCGCAGCUCAUUCAGAUUCUCCUCACCCACGGAGCUGACCCCUUCCGUCGUGACAAGAAGGGCAAGCUGCCCCAGGAUGUCACCAAGGAUGACAAGACCCGGGCACUUCUGAAAAAAUCUCCGGCGGCUGCGAUUGCGCAGCGUGGCAUCCAGGAGAAGGCUAUUCUUGGGAACAGCAAUGCUCAAGGCCUGUCUAGUCGUACCUCUAUUGGGGAGGCACCAUUGGCCGGUAAGGAUGCGCGUGAGAUGAGAGGUUAUCUCAAAAAAUGGACCAACUACACAAGUGGUUACAAGCUGCGAUGGUUUGUGCUCGAAGAUGGUGUAUUGAGCUAUUAUAAGCAUCAGGAUGAUGCUGGCUCUGCUUGUCGUGGAGCUAUCAACAUGAAGAUCGCUAGACUCAACAUGGACGCCCAGGACAAGACCCGCUUUGAAAUUCAUGGCAAGUCAUCGGUCAAGUACCACUUGAAGGCGAAUCAUGUCGUGGAAGCCAAGCGUUGGUUCUGGUCUCUGAACAACGCAAUUCAGUGGGCCAAAGAUGAAGCCAAGGAGGAAGAGCGACAACGUUCGAAGACCGCUGAGGCGCUUCGCCUAGCCAAGAUAGAUCAGUCCGGAGACACUCCCUCCGAAUCUGGUCUUAGCCGCAAAACGAGCGGUAGGGGUCCACCUCCCUCGUCCCUUGGAAUUCCUGGCGGCAGCUUCACCAGAGUCAGUACGCAUGCGUCGCGCACGACGCUCGAAACUUCACCCGCGGAGGAAGAUGAAUCUGCUUACGGGUCGGUGGAUCAGGGUACUGGUCCCAACGAGGUGAACCGAGUGCUUAGCCACAUAACCACCGCGCCCGAUGGAGAUGACGACGAUGAUUUCAACGACUAUGCUUCCAGCCAUGAGGAUAUGCCCGCCAAUGAUAAGGACGCCCUAAACAUUACCGCGCAAUCUGCGAAACUUCAAUUGGAUCUUCUUGCAAAUGUUUCCGCUUCUCUGCAGGCUGAGCGGACCAAAAACCCCGAAAUGGCCAUCGCGGAUCCAGCCAUCGAGCAAGCUCUUACUGCUUAUGAGGGUGCUGUCAGUAGUCUCAAAGGCUUAGUUCAAAAUCUCCUUAAGAUCUCACGGGACCGCGACUCCUACUGGCAGUAUCGCUUGAACCGCGAGGAACAUCUUCGUCGCAUGUGGGAGGAGAGCAUGGCUCGCGUUGCUCAAGAGCACGAGGAGCUGCAGUCCAAGAUGGGCGAGUCUGAAGAAAAGCGCAAGCGUACUAAGCGAGCUUUGAAGGAGGCGCUAGAAAAUGCGACUGGCAGUAGUCGCUCCAUCAGCGGCGCACCGUCGCGUAUGCCAACGGAACCCUCUAGCGUCAUAGAGACGAGCCAGUCGGAGAUUCGUGACUCUGAGCCGGCUUCUCAAGAUGAUCAUUCCAGUCAGGUCGCAACAGCGCCCAUUCCUCUCACUCGGAAACCCUCCGGGCUUUCUCGUAUCAGCAGUCUAUAUGAUUCCGAGUCAGAUGGAGACGAGUUCUUUGAUGCCAUCGAUGCUGGUGAAAUUGAAGUGGAGGAUUUCAGCCAAGCCACCGAGACCCAAGAGCCCGAGGAACCCGAGGAUGAGAGUGCUCUGGCCCGGAAAGAGAAGGCCUCUGUGAUCAAGCCCUCUUUCAAGGGUUACGAAGACCCUGUGCGACAGAGACUUAAAAUGGACAGUGAUGACCGGCCUAGAAUCUCGCUCUGGGGAAUUCUAAAGUCUAUGAUCGGUAAGGACAUGACAAAGAUGACCUUGCCCGUGUCCUUCAACGAACCGACUUCAUUACUUCAGCGAGUUGCGGAGGAUCUGGAGUACACCGACCUUCUUGAUAUUGCCGCCGAUCGAUCCGACUCUAUGGAGCGUCUUCUAUAUGUGGCGUCUUACGCUGCUAGUGAAUAUGCCUCAACCAUUGGACGUGUGGCCAAGCCUUUCAACCCUCUGCUCGGUGAAACGUUCGAGUAUGUGCGUCCUGACAAGGGCUACCGGUUCUUCGUCGAGCAGGUUAGCCAUCAUCCUCCAAUCGGUGCGGCAUGGGCAGAGUCUCCCAAGUGGGAUUACUGGGGUGAGUCCUCACUCAAGUCCAAGUUCUAUGGCAAGUCAUUCGACAUCAAUCUUCUGGGUACUUGGUUCUGCAAGCUGCGGCCAUGCACCGGAGGCGAAGAAUUGUAUACCUGGAAGAAGGUAACAUCUUCUGUGAUUGGCAUUAUUACCGGUAAUCCUACCGUGGACAAUUAUGGUUUGAUGGAAAUCAAGAAUUGGACUACCGGCGAGGUCUGCUACCUUGACUUUAAGCCUCGUGGAUGGAAAGCAUCUUCGGCUUAUCAGGUUAGCGGUAAGGUGGUUGACCGUGACGGUUCUCCGAAGUGGAGUAUUGGUGGUCGAUGGAAUGACAAGAUCUACGCUCGCCACACCCCAGGGUUCGAAGCACCGGUAUCCGGCCAGGAUCCCGAAUCAGCGAAGACAUUGUUGGUUUGGCAAGCCCAUGAGCGCCCCAAGGGUGUGCCAUUUAACCUGACUCCUUUCGUCAUCACUUUGAAUGCCCUUCCCGACAACCUGCGGCCUUGGUUGCCUCCUACCGACACCCGCUUACGCCCUGACCAGCGUGCCAUGGAGGACGGCGCGUAUGACUUUGCUGCUGAUGAAAAGCAUCGUGUUGAGGAGAAGCAGCGCGCCAAGCGGAGAGAGCGGGAAGCCAAGGGUGAGGCCUAUUCUCCCCAGUACUUCACUCGGGCCAAAUGUCCCAUCACUGGGGAGGAGUACUGGUCUCACAAUGGUAAAUAUUGGUCCAGCAGAGAUGCCCAGGACUGGAGUCUCGCUGAGGAUAUUUUCUGA